GUUUUGAGGCAGGUCAUGUGAUAAAAAUUUUACUUUCCGUUCUUUUGGCCUACUGCUAUUGUAUCAUCCCCUUUGUCUUACUACUGACAACACGGCUAUCCGGCGUACCGUUAUCUUUGCUCAGCUGCACCGCACUGUCAUCAGCUGUCCUCUUGCUGUGUGCCCGCGACGUGAUUGUAUGGAUGACCCACUUUAUUCUGUCGUCAUGGGCACUGAUGAGCGGUUUUCUAGCCGUGAGCACGUACUGGUACACGCACGUCGCUGUGUUGGCCUUUGGCUUCUGGGCCAUGGUCGCGGAGGAGAGCGUGGAUGCUGUUCUCAUGUUCCUGGCGACCCUCUGUGUGAGCGUGGUCAAUGACAUCAUGUGUCUGGCCAUCUAUGAGCCUAGAGGUCACGACAGAUUUGAGUCACAGGAUAUUGGAAAUGUCUCUACCAGUCAAAAAAAUGAAUACAGAUUUGCUUUGGG